AUGGACGUCGACGCAGCAGAGACCAAGGUGCAGAUCCGCUUGACCACGCGCGAUUCGAGUUUGCAGAUUUCGGAGGAGCCGAAUGUUCUGCUUGUACAGACGUCUCUGACGCGCCACAAGCUCUCGACACUCGUAAACGAGCUGCUGCACCGCGGCGAUGAAACUCGUAUACCAUUCGACAUACUUAUCAAUGGCGAAUUUCUACGAACGACUAUCGACGAGUUCCUCACCAAGAACGGCAUCAAUGCUGAAUCGACGCUAGAUGUGGAGUACACAAGAGCGUUGGUGCCACCGCUGAACGUUACUAGCUUCGAGCAUGACGAUUGGGUGUCUGCGGUAGAUGUUUUGUCAGGGGUACAAAGUGGGCAGGAAAGAAUAUUGAGCGCAAGUUACGACGGCCUGGUCAGGGUAUGGAACACUUCUGGCGACGUACUGGCGACUUCGGAGGCUCCCAACAAUGGAGGCCGGAUAACCAGCCUAAAGACGGCCAAGUGGUUAUCUGAGAAAAAGAUGGUAGCUGCGGGUCUGGACAACAAUGUUCGCGUUUACAAGUACGACGACGAUGCGAGAACCAUUAUAACUGCUCUGGAACUCGUCAACCACCGCUGGGGUGUAGAAGAUGUCGCAGUACACGCCCCUUCCAACCGUAUCCUCUCUGCAUCCUCUGAUACCACCAUUUCGCUCUUCUCAAGCAACGCCAAAGAGAACCCGGUCGCGCCAGCAAACCUCCUCCCAAGCUCCUCGGCUGCCUCGAACAAGCGGCAAAAGCUCUCGAAACCAGAUCGUACUGUUCCCGCGCGCGGAGCAUUGGCGACAUUUACCGGUCACAGCUCGCCAGUAUCCAGCGUCAUUUUCAAGCCGGAUGAUGCUACCGUCGCCUACUCUGCAUCGCACGACCACACGCUCAAGACGUGGGAUCUCCCUACCUCAACUUGCGUCGACACGCGAACAACCGGUCACUCCCUCCUCUCUCUAUGCGCUAUUCCCUCGCGGAACCUGCUCGCAACAGGCACGUCAGCACGACACAUUACGCUGAUUGAUCCCCGCGCGUCGGCGACGCAAAUCAGUGUCAUGACACUCCGCGGGCACAAGAACGGUGUCGUCUCCUUGGAUACCGAUCCAUCUUCGGAACACAACCUGGCGUCUGCUUCGCACGAUGGUACGGUUCAGAUCUGGGAUCUUAGGAACGUUAGCACAGGAAGUCAGAUUGGAGAGGGUAUGCAGGGCGAAAGCGUAUACACAAUCUACAGACAAGGACGUGAUACUUCAAAGAGCCAUGGCGAGGGCACAAAGGUGUUUAGUGUGCGGUGGGAUCGCGCUGUGGGUAUUGUGUCUGGUGGUGAGGAUAAGCGCGUGCAGAUUAAUCGCGCGCUGGGAUCGUGA